GUUUUUUGUGUUGGAAUCCAGUGUUUGUGUUGUUUGGCGCUCCAAAGAAGCGCAUUGGACCACUGCACUGGCGAAGGGGCAGAGAACAACGUUAAUUAUCAAAUAAACCAUUGUCCUUCGUUUCCACUUCCAAGAUUUCAACCAUGAGUGAGUUCCGGAUUCAUCAUGAUGUGAAUGAAUUGCUCAGUUUGCUUCGUGUUCGUGGAGGGGAUGGAGCGGAAGUGUACAUUGACUUGUUACAGAAGAACAGAACUCCAUAUGUCACCACAACAGUUUCUGCACACAGUGCUAAGGUGAAAAUAGCAGAGUAUUCCAAAACACCAGAAGACUUUCUCAAAAAAUAUGAUGAACUGAAGUCAAGAAAUGUGCGGAAUCUAGAUCCCCUGGUCUAUCUGUUAUCCAAGCUAACUGAGGAUAAAGAGACCCUGCAGUACCUCCAACAGAAUGCCAAGGACAGAGCAGACCUUUCAGCCAAUGCUACAGCCUCCAGCACCACCAGCUUCCAUAUCCCUCAAACUAGCGCAAAAAUGUCUAUCCAGGAACUAGAGGAGCUGAGGAAGAAGCUUGGUAAUGUCACAGCCAGCUCCAACUUACAGCAGCCUUUGGAAAUAACGAGGAAGAUGCUUCGAGACAAGCACAAUAAGAAAAACCCUCUGCAGCCCAUUCCAGUGUUUCCAAACUGGGUAUAUGAGAGACCAGCCCUUAUUGGGGAUUUCAUUACUGUAUCCAGUGGAAGCACUGAUACAACUGUGCCUAUAGAUGCCAUGGCAUUAGCUGCCCAGGAGCUUGCACUAGUGGAAGAUCUGUUGUACCUAUUGAUUGGUGUAGAUGGCCGAUACAUCACAGCUCAGCCUGUCCAAGGCAGACAGAACCGAUCCUUUACAGUGGACCCAACUCUAGACAUGUCAAUCAAGGAGCUUGUGAACAGGAUUCUGCCUGUUGCAGCAAGCUACUCUACAAUCAGUCGGUUUAUUGAAGAGAAGUCUUCUUUUGAGUAUGGCCAAGUAAACCAUGCACUAGCUGCUGGGAUGAGGACACUGAUGAAGGAGUACAUGAUCCUAGUGACACAGCUGGAGCAUUUGCAAAGACAGGGGAUGCUUUCUCUCCAGAAACUUUGGUUUUAUAUCCAGCCAACGAUGAGAACAAUGGAAAUUUUGGCUUCCCUUGCCACCUCAGUAGAUAAAGGAGACUGCAUGGGCGGAUCUACAUUAAGCCUUCUGCAUGAUCGAACCUUCAACUACACAGGAGACAGUCAGGCACAGGAGUUGUGUCUCUAUCUGACAAAAGCAUCCAGUGUUCCUUAUUUUGAAAUUCUUGAGAAAUGGAUCUACAGAGGGAUCAUAAAGGACCCUUACAGUGAAUUCAUGGUUGAAGAGCAUGAGUUGCAAAAGGAAAAGAUUCAGGAGGACUAUAAUGACAAAUAUUGGGAUCAGCGAUACACAGUCGUGCAACACCGAAUCCCAGCCUUCUUACAAAAAAUGGCUGACAAAAUAUUAAGUACAGGUAAAUAUCUGAAUGUGGUAAGGGAGUGUGGUCGUGAUGUCACUUGCCCUGAGGCCAAAGAGAUCCUCUAUACGCUCAAAGAAAGGGCAUAUGUGGAGCAAAUUGAAAAAGCUUACAAUUAUGCCAGCAAGGUUCUUCUGAACUUCUUGAUGGAAGAGAAGGAGUUAGUGGCACGCCUACGGUCUAUAAAGCACUACUUCCUGAUGGACCAGGGGGAUUUUUUUGUCUCCUUCAUGGACCUCACAGAAGAGGAAUUGAAGAAACCAGUAGAUGACAUAAUACCUACUAGGCUUGAAGCCUUACUGGAAUUAGCUUUGAGAAUGAGCACCGCCAACACAGACCCGUUUAAAGAUGAUUUAAAGAUUGAUCUCAUGCCACAUGAUGUUAUAACCCAGUUGCUUCGUGUUCUAGCUAUAGAAACAAAGCAGGAAAAAGCAGUCAUUAACGCAGAUCCCACUGAGAUUGCCCUUAGUGGGCUGGAAGCUUUCUCCUUUGAUUACAUUGUAAAAUGGCCACUGUCCUUGAUUAUCAAUAGGAAAGCUUUAACCAGAUACCAGAUGCUGUUCAGGCACAUGUUUUAUUGCAAGCAUGUGGAAAGGCUCCUCUGCAAUGUGUGGAUCAGCAAUAAAAAUGCAAAGCAAUAUUCUUUGCAUUCUGCUAAAUGGUUUGCAGGAGCAUUUACUCUGAGACAGCGUAUGCUGAACUUUGUCCAAAAUAUUCAGUACUACAUGAUGUUUGAAGUGAUGGAGCCAACAUGGCAUAUAAUGGAGAAUAACUUGAAAUCUGCGUCAAACAUUGAUGAUGUGUUGUGCCAUCACACAAGCUUCUUGGAUAACUGUCUGAAGGACUGCAUGUUAACAAACCCAGAGCUGCUCAAGAUCUUCUCCAAGCUGAUGUCAGUGUGUGUCAUGUUCACCAACUGCAUGCAGAGGUUUACCCAGAGUAUGAAAUUAGAUGGUGAGAUGAGUCGCCUAACACUGGAACAUGGAACAAUGAGAGGUCCUCCAACACAGAAUGAACGUACUGAGGAAGCGGAAAAGAAAAAGCUCACUUCCAAAUAUUUAUCGGAGCAUGUGGAUGCCCUUCAGUCAGCGGCAGGAUUUGAAGGAACCAUCAACAAGUUUGACAGUAACUUUUCUACACAUCUGCUGGAUCUGCUGGACAGACUGAGUGUUUACAGUACCAAUGACUGUGAACAUAGUAUGAUCAACAUCAUUUAUAGAUUGGACUUCAAUGGAUUCUACACGGAGCGUCUUGAGCGAAUGUCUGCAGAAAGGAGCCAAAAGGUAGCUCCUCCAGGAGCUCCUAGGGCCCCAGUGUCAACCCAUUAAAUCCUUGAACGUCGCAUGACUGUAAAUAGUGUUUAUUCAGAAAAGUUAAUUCAAUAAAUAUUUUUAGUUGCAAAAGUGUGCAGUUAUUGAUAAAAAGUCAAGAAAGAAGUGAAGUGAAGUGGAGAGGAGGGGGAGGGGUAUAUGAACUGAGCAACCUGUUUACCAUAAACCAAAAGUUAUAAAGAAGAAAAAACAAAAGAAACACUCAAUGUACAUUCACCUUUUAGUGCAUCACUGUGUCAUCCUUCAGUUCAUUGCAGUGAAAUGUCUCUUAAACUGGAUAUGCCACUCUGUUAAAUGUAUUUUGUAUUUAUCCAAAUGUGAUUUAUCUUUAAAAAAACAUAUUAUCCAAGACAAUUCUAAUGUGUUGAGAUGUCUUACUGACUGGUAGAAAUGAUGGGACAAAGAAAUACAAACUGAUGGGUCAAGGUACACCCAAAACCACUGAGCAGGAUGUAACCUAGUACUCUCUAGUUUUGGGGAAAAAGGUAAUUGUGUUUCUCAUUCCAUUAUUUGGGUCUCUCAAGCCCAGCUGAAUAGUAAUGACAUCUAAUUUUUUUUUCCUCAUUCUUAAUUACUAGCAGAUAAUGUAUUCCUUGCUUUAUCCAUCUGGUGUGAAGGUUAAAGGCUAAGGUCCUAGUGUAUGGUUUGGAAAUGUCUGCUUUCUCUGUGCCUUGGAGGUUGCUCAACGAACCAAGCCAGCUUUUAGGUCAUCUUGACUUCCCAAGUAAUCUCUUUUUUCCAACAUUUUCUGCUUCAGUUGAAUUGAAGUAGGAAAUGCAGGGAAAGGAUUGCUUAUCUUUAACACUCUUAUUAGUUCAAUAUAACGCUAAAGCAAAUGCACAUUUGUUAAUCUCAUUGAAUUUUAAGUGUCUGUACGUUCUUUCUACUGUAAUAACUUUAGACUGGUGUGAAAUUAACUGUUUCUGUUUCAAGGUGCCUUUCAUCAUGUGCACAUUUUAUCUUUGAUUCUCAAUAAACACACUGGAGACGUUAACGUGUGAUACUGGUUUAAAGCUACAGGUGGCGCUAUAAUUCUACAGUAUCUACUAUAAUUGUGCUUUUUUCUCUGGCAAUUAAAUUAAAAUGGAUCUGAAAUUACAGCGUUGUAAUCCAGUUGGAGCAUUGACUGCAACUUUUCACUGUGUUUGUUUAUCAGAAGGACUGUCUCAAAACGACUGGGUGCAUAACCUUUUCUUUCUUUAAACAGAGAGCUUAAAGAUAAUGUUUAUUUAAUUGAUUCGAUUGUCUGGUAUUCUAAUUUCUGGUGACCCGUGUAAAACACUUACCGUAUCGUAUUACUUUUGCAGUUAUUCACAUGGUAAGGUAGUCUCGCGGGUCCCCCAAAAUGUAGGUUUUUUUUUUUUGUUUGUAAUUAUACAAAGUCGUUUUUUCCUCCAUUUCGUCUUGGUGCAAAACAUAAUGUUAAUGAGUAUACUAUUAACAAAAGCGUAUAUAAUUACUGUUUUGUAUUAUAAUUAUAGCAUAUAAUCGUGUUGCAUAUGAUCUAAUUGUGUGCAGGAUACUGAUUCAUAAGGCAUUUUAUACUCUUUCCCGACCCACAAAUAAACAAUGAUAUGAGAGCAUAUACUGUGCUGUUUUUUC